AUGCUGAGAUACAGGAGGGUAAUCACUAGUGACAAAGAAUUCCAAGAAAAGGCACAAAACCUCCGGGUCGCACUUAUUGGAAGAGGAUAUAAAGAUAAAGAUAUUCUCUCUCACAUCAACAAAGCCUCAUCAUACACCCAGUCACAAUUACUCAUAAACACCACACCCAAAAACAACACACAAACAUUACCAUUCGUCAUUCCAUACAAUCCAGAUCUCGCACCACUCUCACACAUUCUCACACAACACUGGCAUUAUAUUGAAAACGAUCCUGUUUUAUCAUACCAGCAAUGGAUGUAUCAAACAAACAAAGAUCAACAAUAUGGAUAUCUACACAAUAAACCGAGAUCCCCACCUCCAACUUAUCCAAGACUGGGAAAUCAACUCAAAUCACAUCUACAGCAUACAGUUGAAAUGAACAGGACAAGACAAUUUCCU